GGUUCCCAGAGAGAGCUGCUGAACCUCUCCCAGCAGGAUUACGCCAACCGUAUCGAGGAGCUGAACCAGUCCCUGAAGGAGGCCUGGGCCUCGGACCAGAAAGUCAAAGCCCUGAAGAUCGUCAUCCAGUGCUCAAAGCUUCUCUCCGACACCUCGGUGAUCCAGUUCUACCCCAGCAAGUUUGUCCUCAUCACUGAUAUCCUCGACACUUUUGGCCGGCUGGUGUACGAUAGAAUCUGGACCAUGUGUUCAGACCCACGACCCCUACCAGAGUCGUUCACCGUCGAUGAUGUGAAUGACACGGCCAAGGAGACGUGCCUUAACUGGUUCUUCAAGAUCGCGUCCAUCAGAGAGCUUCUGCCCAGAUUUUACGUUGAGGCUGCCAUUCUCAAGUGCAACCGCUUCCUAAACAAGAG